CGUUUUCAGGAGGGUGGACUCUAAUGAGACGGCUGGCCGUGGCCACGAGUGGGGAGAGUCAUGAUGGAACAGUGCCUUCCAUCAGCAGCACCCAGGUUUGCUUCGGAAAGAAACUGUGCGGGCACGAUUUCCUUUAUGAAGCAGACUUAAAGCAGUCAGCUUGCUCAGGCUGGUUCUCCAUUGCCUGUCUCUUUGGAUUCAUCACCACUAUGCGUCAUGCCACAGGUUCAGAUCUUGCCGGGAAAAUGUCAGAUGAAUUUUUGUUGGCGUAUGUGCUACCUGAACAGUCCCCUGCCAGAACCUCUGCCGUGAGCAAUGCAAAAGCUGGCCAGCAUCCUCAAGGCUGGCCAGGCUCCGGCCCUCGGAGUAUCAUAAGUGCUCCCCCUGCUGUGCUAGCUGGACUCCCACCAAGUAUAGCACCCUCUGCUGUAUCUUUUGGACCAGCACCAACAGGGAUGUAUCCGUCCAUCCCUCCAACUGGACCACCACCAGAAUCUCCAGCAUCCCUUCUUCUUUCUGGACCUUCAUGUCUCCAACCUAGUGGCCCUUAUUCAGCCCCUGCUGUACGAGGCCCUGGUCCUACAGGGCCUUAUGCCACACCAAAUAUACCCUUUCCAGAGCUACCCAAGCCGUAUGGUACACCCGCAGAUCCAGCUGCAGCUGGUACUUUAGGUACACGGGGAUCCAUGUCUUCUGGACUUUGGGCACCAGGAAUAGGAGGGCAGCAUCCUAAUAUGCCAUAUUCAUCUCCAGGACCACAUCCCACUGCUCUUCCUCCAGUGUCAGGAGCACCGCCUGUUCCAUGGGGCACUGUGCCACCGGGAGCCUGGGGACCACCAGCAUCAUAUCCUGCCCCUGCAGGAUCAUAUCCCGUGCCAGGACCCCAUUCUGCUCCGAAUAAUUCUUACCAAGUGAUGGAGCCUUCAGGACCUUCUGGUGCUCCAUCAGUGCCUGGUGGCCCACAGAAAACGAACGAAGUCCCAGGUGGCUCCCGUCCUGAUGCAUCCAACCAGGAGAGCACCCCGGAGAGCACCCCGGAGACCACCGGACAAAUGAAGCAGCUGAAGGUCGAUGACAAACCCAUCAAGAGGAGACGUUCUAAGAGGAAGAGGAAGCCAGUAACUUGGGGAGACAUCAAGACUUUAACUCAUGAAGCUGAGACCUUGGGGAAACAACAAGGACACAAUACUACUGACCCCAAAAUGAUGCUGUUAUGUUUAAUGACUAUAUUACAUGUUAAUUCUCAGCGUGUCAGUUCAGAAUCUGAAUGACUCUUGUCAGUGGGGAUAAAAGGCACACUUGUAAUAAACAGUAUGAUGUUGUUUUGACAAAAACAAAAACAAAAAAAACCACA